CGGAGUGCUUUUCCCUUGCUCGGCUCCGAAGAGUGCGAACGAUUAGAAAGGGAGGUUGUCGCCGGAAAAGAGAGCGCGAGAGGAGCUAGCGGCCAUGCAUGAAGUCCUGGAAGAUCCUACCAAGGUGGUGGUGAUGAGUUGAAAGGCAAAGGCAGCGAGCUGGUUGUGGGCUUUCCCUUCUGAGCAGCAGCAGCUAUCAUGACUGUCUUCAGGCAAGAGAACCUGGAGGAUCACUAUGAGAUUGGAGAGGAACUUGGAAGUGGACAGUUUGCCAUAGUAAGGAAAUGCCGUGAGAAGACCACCGGUGCACGAUAUGCUGCAAAAUUCAUCAAAAAACGAAGAACAAAAUCCAGUCGCCGAGGAGUGAGUCGCGAAGAUAUUGAACGAGAAGUAAACAUAUUAAAAGAAAUCCAGCAUCCCAAUGUGAUUACACUGCAUGAUGUUUAUGAAAGUAAAAUGGAUGUAAUUCUUAUAUUGGAACUGUAAGUAGUUUUUAAGUUAUUUGAAAUGUCUGUUUUGGAAUUGAAGCU